UUUUUCUUCUCUUUUAAGUAAUUGAUUUAAACUUUCCCGAAGUGUCAAAUAUGUCAUAUGUCAUGUUCGUAAUAAUUGUAGUUCAUAGUACACAUCACGCAUAUAUUAUAACAUCACAAAUUUGUUUACAAAAUUAUAAAUAGAGAUUAUCUGAUAUCUUAUCUUAAAUGUAACUGACUAAUUAAUGAGACUUUUUAAUAUUAUUUUCGUGUUAUUAUUUUAAUCUUAUUAUGCAUGCGUCAUUAACAAAGGAAGAUGAUAAUUUUCAAAGACAAGGAUCGCUUAGAAGAGUAUUACCACCAGAACCACUACCGGAUCAAUUAGUAUCUGGUAAACAAAAUGAAGAUGUACAGAAAUUGUACAAAGUAUAUCGACAAGAAUACGUCAUUUUGGCCGAAUUCAAAAUGGUACAAAAUGAAAAUAUACCAGGUGUUUAUUGUAUUCCGUCCAAAAAUAGUCCUCUAGUAUGGUUUGGAGUAAUAUUUGUACGUUCCGGAUACUACGAAGAAGGAAUUUUCAGAUUUACGAUUUUUUUAGAUGAAGAAUUUCCAGAUUCCAGUCAUCCUAAAGUUAUUUUUCAUUCAAAACUAUUUCAUCCUGUAAUAGAUAACGAUUCUGGUGAAUUGAAUUUAUUCAAAGCCUUUCCUAAAUGGUCAAAAUCAAACCAGCACAUUUGGCAAGUUGUGAAAUAUAUCCAAUGGAUUUUUUUGGAUAUGGAUAAAAGUGUUGAACAUGCUGUUAAUUUAGAAGCAGCUAACAUGUAUAAAACCGAUAUUAAUAAAUUUAGAGAGAAAGCGAUUGAAUUUGUGCAAGAAAGUAAGAAACAUUUAUAUGACGAACCACCUAUAGACGAUCAACACUAUAUUACUUUCGAACCUUACGACCCGGAUAUUCAUGAUAAGGUAAAAGCAACUAUGUUGAGCCAAGGUGAAGAUCGCGGAUCAAAAAUCGGAUUAUCUUGGGUACUAUCCGGAAGUAAAACGGUUCUUACUAGACCAGCUACACCGAUAGAAACCCAUGGCGAAUUAUGACCAUAACUGAACGUUUCGAAUCAAAAACGUUCUAGAAAUUUAUUCAUCCAAAUUUUUCAUCAACAUUUUGAUACAAAAAAAAAUUAUUUAGUAUCAAUCAAGCGAAUUUUAAAAGACAAAAUUUUUUCAUAUAAAAAUAUACAAGUGUAGAUAUAGCAAGGUGUGAGGUAGUUUAAAAUAUUGCGGGGUUACUACCAAAAAUUGGAGUUUAAAUGAUCAAGAUGCUAAUAAUAAUGAAGAAUCUAUUAGAAAAUUUGUAUUUACUUCACAGUAUCAUAGUUAAAACGUUUGUUGGUUGUAAAACAUGAUGAUCAGGAUGGACACUGGGGGGUAAAUAAAAGAUGUGGAUACCAUUUAGGUCUUCUUUGGAAGGAAAAAACACCCACAAAGUGAUUGAUAAGCCAGAUAAAAGAAAUCCAAGUAAUAAAAUUCCAUUUAUACAAAUAGUAUACAUGGUAUAAUGCAAGCAAGGAAGUGAAAGUUCGUAAAAGAAAAUUCAUGCCAUACUCGUAACCUUCUUUGAAGAUAAAAUAAUUUCCGAGGAAAUCUAAGAGUAAUCUUUAUAUAACGAAAGGAUGAAAGUUAAUUAUAACUUAUGAUUGAAAAGAAAUAUUGUAUAUACGGGGUGAGAAAGUGAUAUACGAUACUUCUUUAUAGUCAUAUGUUCAGAUAUCUUCUGCGGUUAGAGACGUGGUGAUAAGUCCGUAUAAGUCACUUCCAUCCCCAGACCUGCCUAGAGCAUCUACCGAUGAAGCUAAUAUCUCAAAAAAAACUUCUGUAGUAACUUAUUUAAAAACUUCUGGAGUAACUGGAGAUAGAACGUGCUUUUUUCAAAAAUCUCUGCUGUACCUACCCCAUAUGAAUUCAUUAAAGUAAUGUGCUUGUAAUGGAUCUAGGUGGUACCAGAAAACAGCAUAUACUCUGAUGUAUCCCAUAAUCAGUUCAUUGUUGCCUAAGUUAUGCAAUAUUUAAUGUUAAUGUUAACAUUUUUAUGGAUAAAGGUCUCAUACGGAUGAUUUAUUAAAAGACUGAGCAACAACGUGGGAUAAUUGAUAAAAAAUAAGGAUGAAAAUAGCCAUGGUAGAGGCAAAGUAGCCGAUAUUUCACAAAAUAUUCCAUCGUUGCCUAUCCCAUUAGUAAAGAAAAAGGAAAAUAGCCUUCUGAGGUCAAUUAUUACUUCAGAGUUUUAUAUCUGGUAGAAAUCCAUCCUAUCUGAUACGAAAAAGGAACCUGUGGUACCAGAACUAUCCAACUGUGAAAGUAAUUCGAAUUAAUUCAAUUUUAUGUGUCGAAGUGCAAUCGUGACUAAAAUUUAGUGCAUUUCUCCAACUAAAUCAAGUUUUUUAUUCAGGAGAAAGAUUUUUUGUCAGAAAGUUGAAAUAAUUUUUUUUUUCUGGGUGUAUUACCACAUUUUUUAGAGAAAAAUGCACACCGAGAAGAAGUACUGUCUGAUUUUGCAGGUUUAAUGCCAAUUUGUGCAAAAAAUUCAUAUUUAUCUAGAUCAAUUUUGGUGGUAAACCGAGAAAAUAUUUUAAAUGUGUGCAAUAUUGUCAAUUAUCAAAUAUUAUGCUUAAAAAAAUGUAGAAAAAGUGCCUUUUUUGCAAAUUCUGUAAAUAUAAAUCGUGAAAUGAAUGAAAAAGUUAUAAGAGUUUUAAACAUGUUGCUGUUAAAUAACCAUCAAAUAAAAACAUGAGGAACAACAAAAUGAAACUUCUAGAUUAAUUUUAGUAUUUUAAAAGUCUAGCAUAACCGAUACUAGUUUUUUAAUUUUUAUUCGACAUGGAAACAAAAAUGAAACAAACCCUUGAGAUUUUACGGGACACACUGUUUACACCACCACUAUACCAACACUCACGAUUACACUGUCUGGUAUGAACUUUACCGUCUUCAAAAUUCAAAAUUUUUUUGGUGUAAUUGAUGACAUUAAUUCCUAUCUUAAGACUAACACAGUUGUCUGCAAAGGUGUGUUCAAAAAACAGUUUGGAAAAAGUGGUUUCACCUAGAGAUUUCUUAAACUUAUGUAACUGUAACGCAUUUUUGUCUCAGCGGAGAGCUUUUAGUGUAUUUUCUCUACUUUUGAUCUCAAUUUGUUAUCUAGAAUUUUCUCGAAAACUUCAGACUUAAAAAUGUGUAGAAAUAAUGCUCAUUACUAGUCUUUUGGUAUUGUAUUCCAAGCUAUUAACGUUUUUAAGCAUAUAAAAUCUGAAAGCCACUAGUUGAGAGACUUUAUAUCAAAUUAUCAGUAUUCGAACUAAUAUCCUCUAAUUAUUACUGUUUUCAGUUUCUCUUUUUGAUUCUUCGGUAAAAGUACAAAUUUUCUGCUGUAAAUUAUAUAGAAACACUCUUCACUAUCACUACUAUUCUCACUAUGAACUGUUAAUCUUCAAUAAGGUCAUCAAUAUCCCAAAACAAAACUAUUAUUUAAAAAAAAUAGAACAUUUUUUAUUUUGAUAUAAUUUUUUUACCUUACAUGUACGUCUGUUCUUUUUUUCUAGCAACUCACUCAAAUUGGUUAUUUUUCAGCUACACCUUGUUAUCAUAUAAUAAUUUCAAUAAUUCUUGCCAAAUACAUUGAUUAUUUGUUGACUACAAAGUUUUAACCAUUCGAUUAUAAAACUUGUUAUUAACUUUAAAUUUUUCUUCAUUAAAAUAAAAUUGAACCGAUUUAUUAUUAAUAACGUGUUUUUUUUAAAUCCCUUCUUGCAAUUUCAUACUGUACUGUAACCAAUCAUUUCAGCAUAAUAUAUACAGAUUGUAUCCCGAAAUAAACAUC